AUGGUAAGUCAAUCCUUCCAGCUGCGUGGAAGAUUCAUAGCGCGUUUGAGCCGACCCUUUCUCUUGGAUGCUGAAUACUCGGAUCAAGAUUGGGUCGCUCGGCUCGAGCUUGGCACGACUUUGGAAAUGGUAGACCAUGAAGAUGACGUUCGGCACUCGCACCCAAAAGUGCAAGAGUUGCGAAACCUCAGCAAGUGGAGCGAUGGCCAUGUCUGCAUAAGCCCCGAGCAACAUAGGAACCUUAUUGCUGGUUUUAAAAAUCAGGUCGACUGGAUACCUCUCUCAACGGGCUCUAUUCACCCAACUCGAGGUCGCACGUUAGCAAUCGCACAAGCUUGUGGGGGAUCCCAAUCUUUCAACCCCGUAAACUCCCUGCGCAUUCUCGGAGAACAGAUGCGUAUGCUCGCCAUCCCAAACCAGAGCUCGAUACCCAUAUCUUAUAAACAGUUUACCGACGAGGAUACGGACGAAGGGCGUAGCAGGCUUAUGCCUGGUGGCAACAGAGACAGGUUAGUUCACUGCAUGGAAGAGUUUGUAAAGUACACAUUGGUGGUGCGGCCACAUUCUGAUCUUUUCGGUGAUCGAUACAGCAAGAGAGAACAAAGGAGAAUCAAGGAGGAGAAAACCAAACCUUUAAAUGGGAAGAGCCAUAUAUCUUUGACCAAUAUGUAA